UGUUAUACAUUUGUCUGUUUGUAUGUUUGGCAGUUUGCACAAUCUUGAAUUAUAAAGUCAUGGAAAAUUUAAUUUAUUGAAAACUAUUUUUAUAAAUACUGUAUAUUCUAAAAUUGAUAAAUUUGCAGACCCAAAAUGGGGAUACGAGGUCUCAGCUCGUAUUUCUCUAACAGAGAUUCGUUUUUCCAGACAGUAAGUCUGGAGGGUAUUGAGGUUAUAAUAGACGCCAACAAUCUUCGAUACUCCCUGUAUAGGGCGUGUCCGGGGACCAAUCACGCCUUCGGGGGUGAUUAUGACAAGUAUUACCGGUAUGUCCGGCACUACUUUGAAACCUUUCUCAAAUGCAAUAUUCGUCCAAUUCUGGUUUUUGACGGAGGAUACGAUGUGUCAGAUAACAAACUCAGAACAACUAUAUCUCGUGCUAAAGAUCAGAUUAGAUCUUGUGCCGGCUGUAGACCGACUAACCAGGGAAAACUUCAGGUUUACCCCUUACUCGGGAAGGAAGUUUUUCUCGAGGUUCUUCGAGAUCUUGAGAUAGAAAUCCUCCAAACAGAUUUCGAGGCGGAUCAGAUAAUUGCGCAGAUGGGGAUGGAGCGCGGAUGCCCUGUUCUCAGCAAUGAUUCGGAUUUCUUUGUUUUUUCCGUGGAUUUUAUCCGGUUGGACUCCGUCGAUUUGGAGAGAAGUAAAGCAGAAGGAAGCUUGUGCUGCGAACUGUUCAAUCGUCAGAAAUUUCUUGAGCACUAUAAUAUUCAAAACUCAGAAAUGUUGCAUUUACUUGCUUCUCUAAUAGGAAAUGAUUAUAUUCCUCCCUCCGUCUUCGAUAUAAUAUUCUCCAACAUCAAGAUGGCGAAGAAGACUAAGAAUAGUUCAGAACGGCAUCGUAAAAUACGAGGAUUAAUUGUUUGGUUGUCUAAGGAAACACAGGUUUCUACGGCCUUGGAUAGAAUUCUUGGAUGUUUCCAAGAAAAGGACAGGAAAGCAUUGAAGGAGAAGGUUCUGUGGUCCCUACAAGUAUACAAAGGGAAAGGAGAAGUGGGUGUUCAGGAGAACAUGUUGCCGCGUAGCUUUCACAAAAUAUUUGCGGACUGUCGUCUUCCAAGCUGGUGCAUGGAUAUUGCGACCAAGCAAAAAUUUCUUCUGCCCUGCCAGGUUGAGAGUUUUGACAAGCCUACAACAAUAAUGAGUUGUCUUCCUAUUCUACAGACAAUUAUCAACAUUGUCAACCCUACCCUCAACCCUGUUAUUCUUCAGGGUCGUGUCAAAUACUCCAUUGGUAACCUCAAUAUCUUCACAACAGAAACUUUAAAUUCUUCAGAAAUGAAGAAAGAAGAACGGAAAGAUUUGUUCUUAUCCAGUCUUAGUUCUCAGCUUACUCCGGAGGAGAUUGAAUCCGUCCCGGAGGAAUUACAAGGACUAGUUCUAAUACUGGAGUAUUGGAGUAACCAGGAGUUGGUCACAUCUGCUCAUGUUUAUGCAAUUCUUUUAGCCAGAUCAAUUCUGAGGGAGGUUGAUCCACAUACUAACUUUGCUAGAAGUGAGAAGAAAAUAAAAGAAGAAUUGAACAGUCCUAAAUCUACUUCGGAGAAAAAACAGUAUUUACAAACAAUGUCAAAGUACGCAACGCUUUUUCACAUGGAGGAGAACAUGAAAACAUCGACGAAAAAAUACGUCAAGGAUAUCGUUCAUUGUUUCGGUGUACUGCAAAGUAUUGUUUACACCUCGUCAAUACUAAAUACUCUACUCGGAGAUGUCGUCAUUCUUCCCAAAAUAUCAGAGUUUGUUAGCGGCACGUUUCUGUACAACGUUGUUAUGUACAUCAGCAAGAAACCGGAACAGCUGAAAGACUGUUUUCUUCCUGAGAAAAUGCGCGAAGAAUUUUUGCGUAUUUUUAACUUGAUUUCGAGUUUUCUCCCCAACCUUCAGUCUGUUAACACCAAACACAUGAAGAAGAAGAAACCAAAACAGAAAACGGAAACAUCAGAAUACUCCGACUUUAUUGAAAGUGAUCUUGCGGAAUCCGAAUCCGAAACCGGGUUUUUCGAUGUGGAAAACCGGUUUAGUGCACUUAAAGUUUCCUGACACUCUAAUUCUUAUGUAAUGUUACAGA